GGUGGGUGGAGCUGUGGGAGCUGUGGUGGUGUGGGAACCUGUACCUCCUCCCAGAGGGCAGGAGGCUGAACAGAUUGUGUGCUGGGGGGCUUGUAUCACUCACAAUUGUGAUAGCUUUUCGGGUGAGGCGGGUAGUGUAUAUGUCUUGCUGGGAGGGGAGUGGUGCACCAGUGAUCUUCCUGUCUGUGUUCACUAUGCGCUGCAGGGCUCUCCUGUUGUAGUCGGUGCAGCUUCCGUAGCCACCAACCCGGAAGUAAACGGAGCGGCAGCAAAACGAGAUAAAAAGAGAAGAGUUGAGCCCAAAAAGCAAAGAAUAAACCCUAAAGAAUAAACCCUCCAUUAUGGCAGAGCAGUGGCAGGAUGUGUUGGAUCAUGCUGUGGCUGUGGCCCAAAAAGCAGGAAAGGUGGUACGUGAAGCACUGCAGAGUGACAGAAAAGUGAGUACGAAAAGUUCAUCGAUUGAUUUGGUGACACAAACUGACCAGAAGGUGGAGCAGCUCAUUAUUCAAUCAGUGAAGGAGACAUUUCCUGCCCACAGGUUCAUAGGGGAGGAGUCUGUUGCAGCAGGUGAACCAUGUGACCUGACAGACGAACCCACCUGGAUCAUUGACCCCAUAGAUGGCACCACCAACUUCGUUCACACUUUUCCCUUUGUUGCAGUUUCCAUUGGCUUUCUUGUUAAUAAGCAGGUGGAAGUGGGCGUGGUCUACAGCUGUCUUGAAGAUAAGAUGUUUGUGGCACGCCGUGGUAAAGGAGCAUUCUGUAAUGGAAAACAGCUUCGAGUUUCUGAUCAGAAAGACAUCCACUGCUCCAUCGUGGCCACAGAGUUUGGCUCUAACAGAGAUGGGGGUGCUGUAGAGAAAAUCUUUUCAAGUUUGAGAAAAGUGGUUUGCCUUCCUGUCCAUGGGGUCCGCGGUGCAGGAUCUGCAGCCAUCAACCUGUGUCUGGUGGCGUCAGGCUGCGUUGAAGCCUACUAUGAGAUUGGAGUUCACGUGUGGGACGUGGCUGCUGGCGCUUUGAUGGUGACGGAGGCAGGUGGAGUCCUGAUGGACGUAGAGGGUGGUGCCUUGGACAUGAUGUCGCGCAGAAUCCUCGCUGCUAACAACCGACACAUUGCAGAGCAAAUUGUUGGACAGAUCCAGGCUUUUACGCCCCAAAGGGAUGACGCUCCGCCUCAACAACACAGACGCUUUUAUCCAAAGUGACUUACAACAGGAGAAUUAACAAUCAAGCUACGAAGAGCAACUUUUAAAAAGAGACUGCUAUUCAGUAAAGUGGGAUAUCCUAACUUGGGUGGAGAUCAGUGCAGAACAAGAGGGGAAG